CCGAACAGGCGGGAGCCGGAAGCCCAGCGCCGGAGCGGGCCGCGCUGUGGCCCCCGCGUGUACCACUGCUGAGAGGUGCAGUCAUGCAGGAAAACCUCAGAUUUGCUUCAUCGGGAGAUGAUGUUAAAAUAUGGGAUGCUUCAUCCAUGACACUGGUGGAUAAAUUCAACCCACACAUGUCCCCACAUGGAAUCAGCUCAGUGUGUUGGAGCAGCAACAAUAACUUUCUAGUGACAGCAUCUUCCAGCGGAGACAAAAUAGUUGUUUCAAGUUGCAAAUGUAAACCUGUUCCACUUUUAGAGCUUGGUGAAGGGCAAAAGCAGACAUGUGUCAGUUUAAAUUCGACUUCCAUGUAUUUGGUAAGCGGAGGCCUGAAUAACACUGUUAAUAUUUGGGAUUUAAAAUCAAAAAGAGUUCAUCGAUCUCUUAAGGAUCAUAAAGAUGAAGUAACUUGUGUAACAUAUAAUUGGAAUGAUUGCUACAUUGCUUCUGGAUCUCUCAGUGGUGAAAUUAUUUUGCACAGUGUAACCACUAAUUUUUCUAGUACUCCUUUUGGCCAUGGUGGUAACCAGUCUGUUCGGCACUUGAAGUACUCCUUGUUUAAGAAAUCGCUACUGGGCAGUGUUUCAGAUAACGGAAUAGUAACCCUCUGGGAUGUGAAUAGUCAGAGUCCAUACCAUAACUUUGACAGUACACAUAAAGCUCCAGCCUCAGGCAUCUGUUUUUCUCCUGUCAAUGAAUUGCUAUUUGUAACUAUAGGCUUGGAUAAAAGAAUCAUUCUCUAUGAUACUUCAAGUAAGAAGCUAGUGAAAACUUUGGUGGCUGAUGCUCCUCUAACUGCAGUAGAUUUCAUGCCUGAUGGAGCCACUUUGGCCAUUGGAUCUUCCCGUGGGAAAAUAUAUCAGUAUGACUUAAGGAUGUUGAAAUCACCAGUUAAAACCAUCAGUGCACAUAAGACAUCUGUACAGUGUAUAGCAUUUCAGUACUCCACUGCUCUUCCUAAGUCAGGUUUAAAUAAAGGCUGUUCAAAUAAGCCCGCAGCUGUGAACAAAUGUACCGUUAGUGUGAGCGCUACCAGUGGAGGGGUCCAGAAUUCUGGAAAUGUCAGAGAAGCAGCCACUGCUUCCCUUGCUGCCGUUCCGCCGCAGCCCAAGACAGCAGCUGUGGGGAAAGGCGCCGUCGCAGUUCAAGACAAAGCAGGUCUGCCUCGAAGCAUAAACACAGAUAUUUCAUCUAAGGAAAUAGACAGUGGAAAAAAUCAGGAUUUCUCCAGCUUUGACGACACUGGAAAAAGUAGUUUAGGUGACAUGUUCUCACCUAUCAGAGAUGAUGCUGUAGUUAACAAGGGAGGUGAUGAGUCCACAAGCAAAGGAGAUGGCCUUGACUUCCUACCACAGUUGAACUCAGUGUUUCCUCCCAGAAAAAAUCCAGUAGCUUCAAGCACUGCAGUACUGCAUUCUAGUCCUCUUAAUGUGUUAAUGGGAUCUCCAGGGAAAGAAGAAAAUGAAAAUCAUGAUCUGACAGCUGAAUCUAAGAAAAUGUAUCUGGGAAAACAGGAAUCUAAAGAAUCCUUCAAACAGUUUCCAAAAUUGAUCUCGGGUGCUGAAACUGGAAAUCUAAAUACCCCUCCAUCAUCUAACCAAACAAGAAGUCCUGAGAAAUUUGAAAAGCCAGAAAAAGAAAUUGAAGCCCAGUUAAUAUAUGAUCCUCCAGUCAAUGGCUCCUCAACUCCUAAUCCAAAGAUAGCAUCCUCUGUCACUGCUGGAGUUGCCAGUUCACUAUCAGAAAAAAUAGCUGAUACCAUUGGAAAUAAUUGGCCAAAUGCACCACUGACAUCUGUUCAAAUCCGUUUUAUUCAGAACAUGAUACAGGAAACACUGGAUGACUUUCGAGAAGCAUGCCAUAGGGACAUUGUGAAUUUGCAAGUGGAGAUGAUUAAACAGUUUCAUAUGCAACUGAAUGAAAUGCAUUCUUUGUUGGAAAGAUACUCAGUAAAUGAAGGUUUAGUGGCGGAAAUUGAAAGACUACGAGAAGAAAACAAAAGACUACGGGCACACUUUUGAAAUUUCACUGAAUGUUUUGUAAUUUGGGAAGCUUCUGGCAACACAGAACUACAUGAAAUCAGUAUUGUUUUCAUGGCCUCUAGGAAAAAUUUUUUUCAAGUAAAAGGGUGAUGGAUUUUACACCAACACUAUUUCAUCUGUCAAAAAUAUAUUUUUAUAUUAAAAACUGUAUACUGUAUCGUCUGCCUUAUAGGAAAGUCAACAGGAUCUUUAUUUUCUGAAAGCUUUAGCUAUACACUAAGUGCCCUUUUUCACAAAAGACAAUUGUGCAAAAAAAUAGGUUAUGUGUGUUUUUUAAUCACCUUUUUAAAACAGAUAAUAUUUUUGGUUGCCUUCCAAAUUUUUUGGAUGUUUGAUAAUUAAAGAGUUUGAUAGGUCUUCUAUUUUUAUGGAGAAAGUAAUUUUAAUUGGCGUUUUGUGUUUCUAAGCAAUUGACUAAAAAAACACAAGGUUGGUUAGUAAUUAUUUUGUUAACUUGAAGUCAAGUAUGACUAUUAUAUGAUUAUUACUUGUACAUUUAAUAAGAAAAUUUUUGGAAUUUUGAAUUGCACAGAUUGCAUUAUAUCUAUUGCAUUUAUACUACUGUAUUAUACUUCUGACAAAUAUACACUCCUGGUUGGUAUAUUUUAGCUAACUUCACUUUACCUAUGAAAGCUAUUAAGGGCUUAUAAGACUCAAUCAGAACUGUGUAUCUACUAAUUAUAUCAUGAAUUAAUAAUACGCAAAAUAAUACUGUCAAAUUUCAAUCAAUAUGAUUCAACUUACAGUCAGUGAAAAUUUCCUAUUAGAUACUAAACGUGAUAGUAUUAGUGCCAUUUUUUUUCUUCCCAAAUGGGGUGUAGCUUAUUUUGUGGUUUAUAUCAUUUAACUUUCUCUAAUUCUUUAUGUGCUGUGUGUACUACUUUUAUAUUAUUGGCCUUACUAUAAAAUAAAUAAAAUUAAAAAAAUAAAAAUAGGAAGGUUAAUUAUCAAAAGAAUUCACACUUCUUUGACAGUAGGCAGAUGUGAACAUCUACCUGCUGGGAUCUGUACUUUUAGUGGUGUAAGAUUAGGAGACCUGCUGGCUUGUUUACCUUCUUGUAAUCUCUUGUCCCAAAGAUUUAAACUAUGUACCUUGUAUACAGCAUUCCUGCCCAAUUUUGACUUCUGAGAUAAAAGUAUUUACCAAAAUAAAAAAUCUAGGUAGCUUACUAACUUUUUUCCCCCAAGUGAUGGAAGAUUUUAAGAAUAUAUUUAAUAAGUGUAAACAUACUAAUAAUUACUUCAAGAAAUAAAAACAGAAGUUACUUUU